CGCGACCUUACGAUGGUUAUAUUUUUCUGAAGCGCACGAGAGGUGCGCGUGCGUGUGCUGCAGAUCAUAAAACUGUUUUAUCGCCUCUCGUAGGAUGAGGAGUCCGCUUUGGGUUUAUGUGUGAAGCUGAAAGAGGUUAUUUUCAUAUCGCUUCUUUAAGACUUACGUCUAUGAGCGACUGUUGAUCCGGUUAAUGCGCUCACGCUCCGUUACCGGGCAGUGGCGGGACGCGCGCGCAAGCUCCCGUGACUUGCUUUUAGUAGUUUUAUGCUUUAUUUUAAAGGCUACACUCUCCAAUUAUCCCGUAGCUCAGGUGAGUCCGUGUUGAAUGAGUCGUAGUGAUUUAUUCCGGUAGAGUUCGGGCUUAAAUCUCAGUGUUAAGUUUGGGUUUAGUCAGAAUUAACAUGGGAUUUUCUUAUACUUCAGGUUUGUUGGUCAGAAUUAGCAUGAAUAUGUUGGGUUAGGGGUCGGUUUAUUCGCUUGACAAGUUAAGUCAGUUGUGUACAGGUUUGUUGGGUUUGGUUCUGUCAGAAAUGACCGGUCUGUUGGGUUACAGAUAGUUCAGCUGUCAGCUCGGUUUAGUUCAGGUUCAGCUCACAGCUGCGGAGGUUGGAAACCAUACAUGUGUUUUUUUAGGGUGAGUUUGCUUGUGUUGUGUCGGGAUUAGUUAGCUGUUACUGAAACUCAAGAGGGUUGGGUUAGGUGUAGGUUGGUUCAGGUUUAGUUUAAAGUGCAGGUGUAUCUCAGCGUGAUGGCUAAAGGCGAGUGGAAGAGGUCUGGCGCUGAUGAUCUCCCAUUAACCGGCCGCUCUGAGUGUGAGGUGUUCGAUGAUGGAACCAACACUUUCUUCUGGAGGGCACAUACCGUGACAGUGCUGUUCAUCCUGACAUGUGCUCUAGUUUAUGUGACACUAUUGGAGGAGACGCCACAUGACACUGCGUACAACACUAAACGAGGAAUUGUAGCCAGUAUUCUGGUGUUCCUUUGUUUUGGAGUAACACAAGCUAAAGAUGGCCCUUUCACACGUCCUCAUCCAGCAUACUGGCGUUUCUGGCUGUGUGUUUCUGUGGUGUACGAACUCUUCCUCAUCUUCAUCCUCUUCCAGACAGUGCAUGAUGGCAGGCAGUUUAUGAAGUACAUCGACCCAAAACUGGGCGUCCCACUUCCAGAAAGAGAUUAUGGCGGAAACUGUCUCAUCUAUGACCCUGGACACCCUGCAGAUCCCUUUCACAAUAUCUGGGACAAAAUGGAUGGAUUUGUGCCUGCCCAUUUUCUCGGCUGGUAUAUUAAGACGCUGAUGAUCAGGGACUGGUGGAUGUGUAUGAUCAUCAGUGUGAUGUUUGAGUUUCUGGAGUACAGUCUUGAACACCAGCUGCCAAACUUUUCAGAGUGCUGGUGGGACCAUUGGAUCAUGGAUGUGUUGGUGUGUAACGGGCUGGGCAUUUACUGUGGCAUGAAGACGCUCGGUUGGCUCUCCAUGAAGCCUUAUCAGUGGCAGGGCCUUUGGAACAUCCCAACAUACAAAGGGAAAAUUAAGCGUAUUGCCUUCCAGUUCACUCCAUACAGCUGGGUCAAGUUUGAAUGGCGUCCCGCGUCAAACCUGCGAAGGUGGCUUGCAGUAUUGGGUAUUAUUUUCAUGUUUUUGUUGGCAGAGUUGAACACGUUUUACCUGAAGUUUGUGAUGUGGAUGCCUCCGGAGCAUUAUCUGGUGCUUUUCCGGCUCGUUUUCUUUGUGAACGUGGGUGGAGUGGCCAUGCGAGAGAUUUACGACUUUAUGGAUGACCCGAAAUUUCAUAAAAAGCUGGGCCAGCAGGCGUGGAUUGUGGCAGCCAUCACUGUUACAGAGUUUCUGAUCGUGGUCAAAUAUGACCCCAACACCAUCAUGCUGCCAAUCCCCUUCUUCAUCACUCAGUGCUGGAUACUGGGAAUCGCACUCAUUCUCGUUUGGACACUGUGGCGGUUCUUUAUUCGUGACAUCACACUCCGAUACAAAGAAACGCGGCGGCGCAGACAGGAAGUCUCUUCAGAGCGAGACGGCAGCAGUUCGGCCCCGUCAGGCCGGAGCAAACUCAACGGCAGCAUGGACUCAGUCCGACACAGGAAGUCAUGAAUCCACCAAAACACACAAACAGCACAUUAUUAUGUUUGUGUUUCUAAUCCCAUUCAGAUCGCUCCAACGCUCUCCAGCUGCGUCCCGACAGAAAACGCCAUCCUUUCCUCCGCUCGCAAUGAGGGUUUGUUGUAUAUUUAGGAAUAAUUAAUGUAUUUGUAGUAGUGCGGCGCAAAUGUUAAAUCGCGAUUAAUCGCUUCCAAAAUAACGGUUUGUAUUUACAUAAUGCAGGGUGAUUCAAAAAGAUUACUACUACUUUAAAAAUCUGUAUUUAAUCAAAGAAACAUGAUGGAGCCUUGGGUAAUUAAUCAAUGUGAAGAGUAAUUAACAAAGAGUAAUUAACAAAGUGGGUUUGUUUUCAGUUGAAAACAAGUUCAUAGAUGUUCAAUAUGACCCCCUUCAGACACUUGAGUGACAUCAACCCGAAAGUUGUGGUAUUCUUUUUUUAUCACCCUGUGUAUAUAUAUAUAUAUAUAUGUA